ACAAUGGUACAUGGACUCAGCUCUGGCUGGUGUCAGAUUAUCAUGAGCAUGGAUCUCUUUUUGAUUACUUGAAUAGAUACACAGUUACUGUGGAAGGAAUGAUAAAACUUGCCCUGUCCACAGCAAGCGGUCUCGCCCAUCUUCACAUGGAGAUUGUUGGUACCCAAGGAAAACCAGCCAUUGCUCAUAGAGAUUUGAAAUCAAAGAAUAUCUUGGUGAAGAAGAAUGGAACUUGCUGCAUUGCAGACUUGGGUCUGGCAGUAAGACAUGAUUCAGCCACUGAUACAAUUGACAUUGCUCCGAACCACAGGGUGGGAACAAAAAGGUACAUGGCCCCUGAAGUUCUAGAUGAUUCCAUAAAUAUGAAACACUUUGAGUCCUUCAAGCGUGCUGACAUCUAUGCAAUGGGCUUAGUGUUCUGGGAAAUGGCCCGACGAUGCUCCAUUGGUG